ACCUACUUGUGGGCCGGACCCUGGGUGUAGAGCCCCAUAGACAGCUGUGGACAAAAACCUCAGGCCCCAAACAGGGAAAUGGGAUCUCAGGGGGAAGAAGCCAGGGAAGCCUCACACCCUGCCCCCAUUUCCUCCUGUGUGGGGUGGGGGAGCAGCACGAACCCCUGAAGACGGGAGCAUCAGCAGCUUCUGCGGAAGGGGUGGGGCUGAGGGUGGAGAGAGGAAGGAAGAAAAGGGAAGCCUUCCUGGCCAGGGUAACUGGCACUAAGAGGCCUCACUCCAAGCCCCCGAGGAGCCUGCGGUGGGGCUGGAGACCUGGCCCAGGCCCCUCCCCGACCUGUAAAGUCCCCAGAAGGCGGAAAGAGAACUGGCACAGGCUGGGAACCGGCUGUGCGCUGGCCACUUGAUUUUGCCAACGGCCCUGUCAUUCAGCUGGUGAGGAAACUGAGGCACACACUGAGGUAGAAUGACUUGCCAGUCACUCAGCAAGUCAGCAGGCGGGGAGGACUGAAUCCCAGCCCGAGAGCACCGAAGCUUGUGUCCCUGCAAUACCGAGCCCCAAGCCUGCGCGCCCUGGUGCCCAUCUCUGAGUUGGGCCGUCUUGGAAGGGUUCCCUUCCUCCUCCAAGAUGGUGUGUGAGGAGCCUUCAGUACGACCCAGGCUGUAAAGUGUCCAACUCUAGUCGGGGCUUGAUGGUGUCCCCGCCGAGUCCCAGGAGAGAGAAGACCCCUUCCUGGAGUCCAGGGCUCCCAGGAAGAAACUGGCAUUUGUCCCUUUGCUUCGGCUUCUGGAGGCAGAGACUCUGAGCCCAGGGAGAGCCUUCCGCAGCCCCGUUUCCUCAAAAAGCCAACCUGCCCAGGUGGCGGGUCACGAGCUGUGCUCAGGAAGCUGGAAUCUGACCCUGGUGGCGUCGGGCCCGGUCUCCAUGGCAGCCGAGCAUUUAUUACCCGGGCCUCCACCCAACUUGGCAGACUUUAGACUUGAGGCUGGAGGAACUGAAUGCGCUUGUGGGAGCAGCGAGCCCAGUGGCAGCCGGGGCCCCAGGAUGGCCAAGUUUCUUUCCCAAGACCAAAUUAAUGAGUACAAGGAAUGCUUCUCCCUGUAUGACAAGCAGCAGAGGGGGAAGAUAAAAGCCACCGACCUCAUGGUGGCCUUGAGGUGCCUGGGGGCCAGCCCGACGCCAUGGGAGGUGCAGCGGCACCUGCAGACCCACGGGAUUGACGGAAAUGGAGAGCUGGAUUUCUCCACUUUUCUGACCAUUAUGCACAUGCAAAUAAAACAAGAAGACCCAAGGAAAGAAAUUCUUCUAGCCAUGUUGAUGGCGGACAAGGAGAAGAAAGGUUACAUCAUGGCGUCCGACCUGCGGUCAAAACUUACGAGCCUCGGGGAGAAGCUCACCCACAAGGAAGUGGAUGAUCUUUUCAGGGAAGCAGAUAUCGAACCCAACGGCAAAGUGAAGUAUGAUGAAUUUAUCCACAAGAUCACCCUUCCUGGACGGGACUAUUGAAAGAGGAGAAUGCGAGAGCCUCCCCUGGGCCUGAAAACUUGGAGCGAUUAAUUUUUAAAAAGAAAAGUGUUCUUUUCACUUGGGGGAGAUGGCAAACACAGUGGCAAGACAACAUUACCCAACUACAGAAGAGAGGCUAACUAGCAACAGUAAUAGAUGAUUUCAGCCAUGCAUGGUAUGAGCAGAUCUUUUUAAUAAAAGAUGUGUAUUGAUUUUAUUAACUACCAUGAGUCCGGCCCUUUCAAGCAUGGAAGGAGUCUGUGGUUUGGAGUCUGGCCUGGGUUCUAGUCCUGGCUCUUCUGCUUCCCACUGUGACUUUGGGCAAAUCAUUUCACCCCUCAAAGCCUCAGGGCCCUCACACAAGCUGGAUUCCCAUUUCUUACCUCAUGGAGCCUGUUGAGGAAGGAUUGAGCUAAUGACUUUAGGGCAAUCUAUCAAGAGACUUACUCUGUAUUUGGGGGCUAGAACCAUCUUCCACAUUUCCAAGAUGAAGCCAGUGCUAGCUGAGAAGCUGCAACAAACAAAGAGCUGUAACACUUAUGCCAAUUCUUGCGGUGCCAGAGGCCCAUUUACAAAUUCUCAUUUCUAUCUCAAUAGAUAUAGUGACAAAGCUCAGGCUAUUCAUUCAUAAACACAGAGUAUAGAGUGAAAACACUGUAGAGUGAAAACACAUGCUACAAUGAGGCAGCAUCAGCUGAGAGCGGGAAGAGUGAUCUACUUUACACCUCACACCAAAGCGAACCAGAUGUGAGCUGCUGAAUUCACUGGCCUUGCAGAGCUCAAGAAGGGGGCUUCCAAUGCUGUGAGAGUUCUGAGUGGUUCCCUGGGCUCUGUUACCAGGCAGAGAGGUUCCAGGGAGGUCUGCUCAAGUGGCCCACACUGGUCAUGGCCUUAAGCCACUUCCCCAGGACUUAUGGAGAGAAAUAAGGGGAUGGAACCAGCAAUGGCCAGGGUACAAUAGCCCUGGAAAACAGCAGUAGGAGCACUAAGCUUUCUGGAAGUCCAUCCAGCUCGACUGGCUUUGAGUUAGCCAGAAGGUGCCAGGUUGGUGCUGCCAGAGAUUCAGAGGUGCCAUACACUUGUCAAAUCUGGAUCAUUCAUAGUGUCAGCACAGUCCUAAAAAGGGCUGGAGUACCACAGCAACACAGGAGGGGCUGCAGGGCUCCAAGUGCAAAGAUUUUCAUUAUGUAUCAAAAGUGGGUUCUCUGGGCUGCGGCUUUGUCUAGUGGUGCCACAGGCUAAAGCAGAAGAAAACCAAAUCAAACGGGAUAUGACUUUUGGGAGGAUGUACAAGACACAAAUCUUUCACUAGGCACUGGGCACAGGGAAAACUGCAGGGAGCAAGAGUUGUAGUGUUAGUGCAACUGUCUCAACAAUGCCGUGCGUGUGGCUUCAGACCCAAACAAGGCCCUGAGGAAGGAGACUCACAUUUCCCCAAGUGUAACUGCAAAGGGAGUAAGUAGGAAUUCCUAGGAACCACAGAGAAGAGUUUUGUGGGGAUGAGAGUAAGUAAAUGGUCGAAAUGCCAACUAGGUGAAAUUGUGACCAUCUGGCUGGGAAGCCCAGGUCCGCACAGUGUAGCAGCAGAUGUUUUGUGGGAUCUGAGGUUUAUAAGAUUUGGCUGCCUUAAGAAUACAAAAACAGAAAUGCAGAAUUUCUGGGGGUGCUCCCAGGACCAGGGCAAGUGAGGGGUCCUUGUGCUUAAAUUUCAUUACCUUCAAGGUAAAUCCACCAGAGGGCCGGUUAGACGCUGCCCCCCACCACCGAGAGAUCUGCUGUCACUUUCAGGCAAAGCUCAAAGGUCCUAGGUCCGUACCUCUUUUGAGCUCCAGUCAUGGACAUUAGGAAGUAAAUCCCGCACAGCCAACCUGGAAUACCAAAGAUGAGAUGGGAGAUAGAUACCAAUGAUUUAGAUGGGACAGGAAGAGCAAGUUGUGGCUAUAAAAAAUGAGGGUACUUUCCAUCAAAGCUUUUCUAUGUCUGUAUUUAUCACUGAAUAGUCCCAGUAUGGCUUUAAAGCAAGUUUUAUGAAUCUCAUUUGCCUAACAGGAAUCUGAAGUAUAGCUUGCCAAAAACACACAGCUGGUGUGGAAUUCGAACCUGGGGCUCCUCUUCACAGACUCCCUGCUCCUCAUUAAGGGGAUUCAGUGGUCCAGAGCCUAAGAUCCUGUAAAGUGUUUCGAUUCAAACCUCUACCGGAGGAAGGGCUGUUAUAUUACUCCUGUCCUGGUUUCAAGCUCAUUCCUGAAAUUCCAGCUGGUUUCUCUAGCACCUAGUGUUGUUGAAGAAGGCCACGGUGCUCUUAGCAUUCAAACUGCAGAUGCUAAACAGACUUAUACUAAACAGACGCUGUGAUUUAUUAAAGAGCUAGCCAUAUUUCAACAAGAGAGGGAAAUGAUGGCUAUAUAUUCAUUACUUACCUCAAAGCAUGCUGCAAGAAAAUUAGUGACUUGUCAUGCUUUGAAAUCUCUGGAUGAAAGGUGCUUUGGAAGCACAAACCAUUAUCACUUGUCUCACAGGGAUUUUGUCCCCUUGAACACCCAGCAGUGUUAUUUUACAGAAGACAAAUUAACGGAAGGCUUUUCUUUUAUUACAUCUAAAGAGCUCUACAUAAACAGGUAACAUUCAAUAGGUAAACAAUUUUUUUUCCAAUGCAUGUAAUAAAUAUUUUCACUUGGUACUUUUAUACAAACUGACAUUGUCUACUAUACAUUUUUAAAAGCCAUUUUACUGGUUUGGCAUGCGGUAUGGAAAUUCUAAGAGAGAAAGUUUUAAGGCAAUGAAUCACAGAUUUAAGUUCAUGGAAUUUAUGGUAACUUUAUCUGUUUAUAUACAUUUUCCCCUUUGUUAAACAAUUAACAGCAGCACACUCUGGGACCACCAGCUAUUUUCCCUCCCUCUUUCUGAAAUCUAAGCUUUAUGUUUAAUUAAAAAACAGAAUUCAA